UGUAUGAGGCCGACACCGGUUUUUGGAGGACAGUGGGGUCCACUGAGGUUAUCAUCUAUUUCAACGCUUCAUCCGAGUUACGAUAUUUAAUACCAAACCACAUCAAUCCGGGACAUGGGCUGCGGCACAAGGCGCUACAUGUGAUUGUGGUGACACAUAGUGAACAACAACAUGUCCGGGUUAAAAAAUCACAUGUCGCUUCCGAUGUCGGUGGGUGUCCUGUUGGUGGGCCUCCCGUACUCCAUCUCCCUCGCUGCUCAGUGGCUUUAUGGCUGGCCCAACAAGCCUGGGUAUCAGAAGUACAUAGAAGCUCUCAAACCAAGGAGAAUAUACUGUUUGACCAGAGCUGUGCUGGAAACUCUCAAAUAUCUGCAGUAUGGGAGGCUUUACUUUCGGUGGAAGUCAUGGUACCAGAAUGACGAAAACCGUAAGCAUUAUGAAAAGGGCAUCACAUUUGGUCGCAGAAGCAACAAGCUGGACUUGUACCACCCUCCCAAUGUGGACAGGUCUGAAGAAGUGCCUGCACCGCUGGUGGUUUACAUCUUCGGAGGUGCAUGGGGCUCUGGAGAUCGAUCCAUUUACUGUUUGCUGGCCCGGCAGAUGGCUGAAGAACUGGGUGCAACUGUCAUAUGUCCUGACUACUGCACCUAUCCAAAGGGGAACGUUUUAGGCAUGGUCCAAGAUAUUGCUGACUGCUUGAUUUGGGCCCAAGAGAGUGGACCCCAGUUCAACUUUGACAAAGACAACAUAGUAUUAAUUGGCCAUUCAGCGGGUGCACAUUUAUGCACACUGACCUCACUGUUUCUCAUUGAUGCAAGAGAGGAGCUUUUCAUAGAGGCCAGCAAGCAGAGGGACCUAACACUGGCAAUAAGAGGAGUGAUUUGUCUGAGCGGCGUGUUCAACAUCAUGGAUCAUUACGAGCACGAGCAGAAGAGAGGAGUGGAAUAUGUCUCCACCAUGCACAAAUCCAUGAAUGGAGUGGAGAACUUCCCGUACUACUCACCAACACACACUCUGAAGAUGUUGAGCCAGGACAAACUAAACAGAGUGCCUCCAUUUGCUUUGCUCCACGGGACCAGUGACAUCAUCGUUCCGGUUGAAUCUUCCACAAAGUUCUGUGAUCUCCUCACCUCGCUGUCCAUAAAGGUGUCCCUCUACCUGCUGCCUAAAAUCGACCACACUGAAAUCGUGACGGACCUCAUGGUGUCCGACAGGCGCUUCUACCAUCCCAUCUACAGCUGCAUCAAACAGGAGUUCAGAAAACUUUUGGGAACGUGCUGACGACCCUUCAGAUCAUUACAAAAACAGCUAUUCAUCACUAACAUUUUAAUGAUUGUGCCAUACACUUACUUUGUUUACAGUAUCUGCUCUUAUACCUCAAAAUAAUCAUAUUUAGCCUUGAUUUGAACUGGAUUGUGAUUCCAUAACAAUGAUCAGAUUGUAAUUUAUUAAAUCCAGGAGUGGCAUCGGAUGAUUUUUAACUACAUUCUUAGUGGCCUGCAUUCUGAAAACAUCUUUAUGAUAUUGUCUUUAAGAGAUAUUAACCAGACUGCAGGAAAGUGAAUGAUGUAAACAUAACAUGAAAUCAAUCAUGAAGCAAUAACAGUAUAAUGUAAAACACAGCAUGAUAAUGCAUACUAUUACACUAAGUACAGUUACAGUCUGCUUAGAGGCCAACUCAUUCCGAGUGACAAUGCAACAUUACCUUGAACAUUUUAUUCAUUACCUCGCAUGUUUUCUGUUACAUUCAAUAUUUCUUAACUUGAUGUAAUAUAUUUUCUUGAAUAACUAUUUAUUGAUUUCAGACCCAUUAAACCCUCAUUAAGUUACUAAGGAUGUUUUGCCUAUUGUCAUUAUUAAUUAUCUACAAAACUUGAUGACAAAAGUUGAAUACAGGAUGUUGUGUACAUUGCAAAUUAGACAAUUGCUAUAUU